GUUUCACUGAAGAAUGAAGAGAGGCAGCAAUAAACUAAAGCAAUCAGGGCCUCAACAUGAAAGUCCAACACACUUUGAUCUGCAUCUUCUUCUUUCGUCUGCAGGGUGGAAACACCGAUCCUGCCGAGAACAUUUUCUAUGAAGUGAUGGGACAAAAUAUCACAAUUAAAUGCCCAGUCCCUCGCUCUCAAACAUGGAAAGCCUUCUGCAGGGAAAGCUGUGAAACAGGCACUCUCAUUACAACCACUAAUGACAGUGCUCAGAGUGGCAAAUACAGCAUUAAAUAUAACGGAGGGACUUCACCUGUUUUGGCUGUGAGCAUCACGAAGCUGACAAAGUCUGACACAGGACUGUACAUAUGUGGUUCGGGCAGAGUUUUGUCGUCACUUACAGUUAGAAAUUUUAGAAUCAUAGUUGCAGAUGCUUUGCUGGAUAAAAACCACAACCCUUCUCAAACACAUUUCUUUCCCAAGCCUGGGAGCUCUCUCACAGUUGCAUGCCAAUUUUCUGUCCUCGGAAAAAAAAAGUCCUUGUGCAGGGGGGAAUGUAAAGAAGACGAGAUUCUUGUUGAAACAAACAAUAUCAGAGCUGAAAGAGACAGAUACAGCAUUGAAUAUGAGGAACCUUCUGUUCUGUAUGUGACUCUUAGAGAGCUGACCACGUCUGACUCAGGAUGGUACAGAUGUUAUCUGAACAGGAACAUUACAAGCAGUUCAUACAGGGAGUUUGAGAUAAUUGUCUCAGAUGUUUCAGCCACUUCUAAACCAAACUUGACUCAAAACACUGCUCAGUAUAGAGAACUUCAGCUUGGUGGAACAAGCGCAGAUGUUAUGCUGUACGUGGGUCCAUCUCUUGUUGUCACUGUCAUCCUGAUAUCAGUGGUUAUGUUAAUUAUCUACAGGAAGAGAUCUUCUAAAUUUACAGAUCCUGCUGGGGAAGGAGAUUAUGCUGCUGUCGCAGAGACCAACACGGUGUGUGAGGACAUCAUAGAAGACGGUGACCGAUGGAGCACAUCUCCUACUCUGGGACAUGAUACACUUCACACGUAUGCCACAUACAGCAAACCAACUGGAGCUGGAACCCAUGAUGAUGAUGACUGCAUCUCUUUCAUUCAGCACAACGCUGAAGAUGACUUGAGUGAACUCAUCUACUCUGAAGUGAAUUUUUCCAACAUGAAAAUAGAUUUUCCCAGCAGAGCUCCCAUUGAUAACCCCAGUGAUGUUAUCUACUCUGUCCCUCGGGUAGAUUGAAGCUUUGAUGGUAGGUGAUCUGCUGUACUAAGUGAGACAAAGAGACACAGCAAAAUUUCAAUACAAGUUUCAGGCCAUUUAAAUUGUGAAUUGUGUGAGUUGGAUAGAGUUGGAUUCAUUGCACAUCAUCGAUCCCACGUAAAAUGAAAUGUGGUACCACCAAACUUUUUUCAGAGUGGGCCACAACAACUUUCCUUUCUAUGAUGGGGGGCCAGGGUCGGUCUGAAACAGGAAAUUACAUGGGCCAAGCUAGCAUACUGCUCUCUCUGGAGGGUCUUAUAAUGUCACUCUGCUUUUUCCUUGCAGUGGACAAAGAAAAUGUUCUUCUGUCCAAAGCUCUUUGAAAACAUUCCAAAUCGAUUUUCUGAUUCCCCAACAGUUUCAACAUUUUGCUGAUGUUCCUCAGUUAGCUCGUCUGGCUCAGUCACGAGCAAAGUCACGUCAGAAUAUACCAUUGUGUGAGGGGUGAAGAUGAUGCCACUUUUAUAAGUAUAAUUAAUAUAUGUAUAUAUAUUAUGUGUAUGUAUGUAUAAUAAUAUAAAUUGUAUAUAUUAAAAUGUAAUUAAUGGUUUGACUAAAAAAAAAUCUUCUUUUUUUAUUUGAAUAAUAAUAAUAAUAAAUCAAUUGCUCAAAUACAAAUCAUGAUUGAUGAUGUAAAUACAGAGCCUGAAUAAAACUAAAUUUGUGGUUGUGGUCAUUGACAAUAAAAUCUGUUUGAAACUCAUAUAACAUACGUACAUAAUAAGUUAGUAAAGAGUAUUGGAAUACGAGACGGAGAUAUACUGGACCUUAA